ACCCCUGAUGACUGUGCUGUGUGUAGUAGAGGUGUCGGUACUUUAGUAACCCCUGAUAACUGUGUUGUGUGUAGUAGAGGUGUCGGUACUCUAGUAACCCCUGAUGACUGUGUUGUGUGUAGUAGAGGUGUCAGUAUUCUAGUAACCCCUGAUGACUGUGCUGUGUGUAGUAGAGGUGUCGGUACUCUAGUAACCCCAGAUAACUGUGCUGUGUGUAGUAGAGGUGUUGGUAUUCUAGUAACCCCAGAUGACUGUGCUGUGUGUUGUAGAUGUGUUAACUUUUCUGUUGUAGAAGCCAAGAGUUUAUUUAAGGCUCCAGAAGCUCCUUCUUCUGUGAUGGAUGCCUUACAACAGAGACUGGAAAAGUACAAGUCGGCUGAGGCAACAGCCAAGGAAGCCGGGGACAGCUCUAAAGCUAGGAGGCACGGACGUAUAGUUAAGCAAUAUCAAGAUGCAAUCAAGGCGACGAAAGCAGGCAAACCAGUGAACUAUGAUGAACUACCUACACCUCCAGGAUAUGCACCAAUACCUGCUGGGAAUACGGGACGCCAAAGUUCACCAGCCCCUCCCCCUGUGGCUGCAGCUGCUAUGGCAUCGAAUCAAAGACUUCAGCCCACUAGCGGUGCAGCAGGUCAAGGUUCCUCACCACAGAAACAGAGAACACCUUCUCCUAACAGGACACCACAACCAGCGGCUAAACCAGCGCAAAGGGCCUCUGUUAAGAAGUCUCCUUCCUCGCGAGCUGAGCAGCAGGCCUAUCUGUUAAGAGAGCGGAUGAACGAGUACAGACAAGCUGCUGUCAAGGCCAAGAAAAGCAAUGACCUGGAGCUGGCCAAGAAAUACAUGAGGAUAGCUAAGGGAUUUGAACCGAUGAUUGACGCAGCUGACAGUGGUCUGCCAGUGGACAUGUCUCAGAUACCCCCCUCCCUUACUGAGGAUGAUGAGCGGUCGUUUGUGAUGGUCAAUGCAGAUGAAUGUGAAGUGAAAGGAGACAGAAACGAGAUUUUCAAAAAACUUGAGCAGGAUCUCAUCAACCAAAUCAGGAUGAGUGCAAGUAAUCACCAGCACUUCACGAAACUUGGAGAUGUGUUAAAUGCUGCAAAAUUCCAAAAGAUGGAGCAGGGAUGUAGGAAAGAUUUAGAAGCGUUAAAAAAUGCCUUCAGACAUCACGAUCCUGUUCCGAAGUUUCACUACGAAAACAGAACUUUCUCGCUGGUACAGUGUAACACAGAUUUAGGAGACAAUGAUUUGGAGUUGACCUUGGUGAGAGGAAUACAGCUCCCUACAAGUCAUGCUGAAAAAGACUUGGACACAUAUGUGAAGUACGAAUUUCCAUACCCUACAGAUGAUCAACAGACAGGGUGUUCUGACACAGUGAAAGGAUCGGUUAAUCCAGAAUACAAUGAACCAUGGAAGUUACAGAUAAGUAGAAAGUCGCGAGGAUUUGGCCGGGUGGUGGAGAGAAAGUCAGUCAAAUUUGAAGUGUUUCAGAAGAAGAGCUUCUUCAAGGGAGACAAGUUGAUAGGUACAUGUAACGUGAAACUACUCCCUCUCGACUCGAAGUGUACUUACCAUGAAAGUCAUGACCUGAUGGAUGGACGCAAGGCCGCUGGAGGCAAGCUGGAGGUUAAGAUCCGGAUUAGGGACCCGCUAAAGAGUAAGCAGGUUGAGGAAACAAAGGAGAAAUGGCUAGUCAUUGACCAGUUCCUCAGGACCCUCAACUCUGCAUCAGGGUCUGGGAGACGGGGGAAGACACAGGCCCCAACACCGCCGGUGAAAAGUGGUUCUACGUGUAUUGAGGUGCUGAGGUUCGAGAAACAACAGCUGGAUCUUCAGAUUAAUAGUCUACGAGAUCGUCUUAGCACAGACCAGCUUAAAUCCCUGCAAAAUAAAAGUCAACUGUUGACUCAAAAGAUGGACCAGAAGCAGGCAGAACUGAAAAAAGGAGGAAAGGCAGCCCUCAGAGCAUAUGUCCAGCAGGUAGAACAGGAGAUACCGGCCUACGAGGAAGAAGCUCGUCAUUACACCAAAGGAGGAGACAUGCACAAGGCUCAGAUGAUGCUCAAUAAAAUCAAACAUGCUGAAAAAGAGCUUAAAGCUAUAAAAGAUAAAAUCCCAGACUUAUAGUAUGAUCUGUUGAAGUGCUUACUUGUCAUUAUUCAUGGUGCAACAUCUACAACUUCAAAUGAUCAGCUGGUCAGAAAUACCUGGUACUUCAUCUACAACUUCUAAGGAUCAGCUGGUCAGAAAUACCUGGUACUUCAUCUACAACUUCAAAUGAUCAGCUGGUCAGAAAUGCCUGGUGCACCAUCCACAACUUCUAAGGAUCAGCUGGUCAGAAAUGCUUGGUGCACCAUCCACAACAUCAUAUGAUCAACUGGUCAGAUAUGCUUGGUGCACCAUCCACAACUUCGAAUUCUAAGGAUCAGCUGGUCAGAAAUGCCUGGUGCACCCUCCUCAACUUCUAAGGAUCAGCUGGUCAGAAAAUCCACAACUUCUAAUGACCAGCUGGUCAGAAAUGCUUACAGUGUUUUGAAAUGCUAAUUAUUGUUACCUGUGAAUCUAAAUACAGUUUGUGGAAGAUAAAACAUGUAUGGAUUAAUUUAUUGACCAAUUUUCAAAAAUAGGAGAUAUGCACACUAUGUAGUUAUUAUCAGUGUUUUAUUUGUCACCCUGAGAGACUUACAGGUAACACAAUAACAGCAGUGACACCAUAGUAACAGUGACCACAUAGUAACAGUGACACCAUAGUAACAGUGACCACAUAGUAACAGUGACACCAUAGUAACAGUGACCAAAUAGUAACAGUGACACCAUAGUAACAGCGACACCAUAGUAACAGUGACCACAUAGUAACAGUGACACC